UGAUCUGUGCAAUAGUCGUGAACGCGCACCGCCAGACCUCCGCUGUUGCUGCGUGCGUGUCCACGCUUUAUGAAGGCGCGCCACCGCGUUCCCUCAGGUGAAUGGAGAGAGGGAGAGGACGAGUCCUGUGUGCGUCUCUGGCCGAGCUGAAGUGACUAAAAUGGGGCUUCGCGGACUGACAAGGACGGGGGUGUACAUGACAGUCUGCCUUCUGUGGGUGACUGGAUGUUUUACGCAAAAAGUUUACUUUGACUGUGGAGCCAAGGUGGAUGUUGUGGAUGUGCAGGGCCUCAUUCUGUCACCUGGCUUUCCAUAUAACUAUUCAUCUGGAACUCACUGCGUGUGGCAGUUCUUUGUGCCUGUUGGUCACCAGUUAAUCAUGGAGAUGUUUGAUUUUGAUGUCUUUGAGAGCCAUAACAAUCUUGCGAGAUACACCACCACCGUAGUGGACGAGGUACCGAAUGAUGGUGGCGCGCUGGUAUCAAAAAGCCUUGGGAGUCGUAAGGAACCCCAGUCCACACACAGAGAGGUGGUCAAGCAAGUGGUUAUCCAAGAGCAGUCCACCAAAAUGGAGAUGACCAAAGUUUCCAAUUCUGCCAAAAUGCUGUCUGAUUCCCCCUCGGCUCCACAACCGUCUCUUCCAUUAUCCGGAGAGCAGCCAGUUGAAGACAGAAAUUCUGUUUCACCUCAGGCAUCGAGAGCAGCCAGUGAGAUGAUCUCCACAAGUCCACGUACAGCCACAGAAACGGAUGAAGCUGUGAGCCCUGAGACCCAGCCACCUUUGAUUGAUGCCUGUCCUCACGAUGUCCUCUACAUAUCAGAUCUCAUCACCUUCUCCUCCCGAUUCUGCGGCUCUAGACGCCCUUCUAGCAGUCAGUUGGUGUUUGGGUCUGACAAUGACAUGGUGGAGGUCAUCAUGGAGUUGAUAACCACUACCCACUGGGGCCGUGGUUUCGCUCUUCUCUUCCAUUAUCAGAAUCAAACACUGGCAUCCACAACCCAACAGCAGAGAUCGGUAUUGAACUCGGACAGCAGAACGGGUGCACUGCUUGGUGCAGUGAGUGGAACGGUCGUGUUUGCUGUGGCCCUUGCUGGCAUCCUCUGUGUGAUUUUCAGACCGAAACUAUGUGCAAAAGGAGCCAAUGCUUCCUCUUCCAUCAGCUCAGAGGUUCCAGAAGGAGUGCUAAAUUCAGCGGCAGAUGUGAGUGAACUGCAGAUGGUUUCUCCUAAUCACUUAGAGCAGCAGCUGGGUACAGUGAACGACAACAACAACCAUUCCCUCAACCGUGGUCUGUCCCAUACAGCUUGUGACAUGUCAGAGAAGGGUGAUCUGCAGCUGUUCUCCAGUGGUCUUACCGAAUUAGAGCUGGGCACAGAUGAGGUUUUUGUCAUCGCCUCUACACCCAGCUCAGCCCAACUGCCCUUCUCUCCACACACUCAACGAGAGCGUUUCCUGAGACACAGUGACACGGGACCCAGCCGCCUUUUCGACUGGCCGACUCCAGAUCCAGCACAGCCUACUGUGACAAAGAGCAGCCAGACUGGAUCGACAAACAGCGCACGACCACGAGCAUGGAGUGUCCGAACCUUCCAGGAUCUUCUUCCUCCUCUUCCUCAACUCCAUAAGAAAUGGUGCAGCUGGAAUGCAAACAGCCCUUUCACCAAGCUGGUGGACAGUGGACUCCCAAGCACAACAACAGACACUGGAAGGGGAAAAGUCCUUUCUGAUGCCCCUCUUCGUAGUCCUGCCAACGGCUGCCACUCCGACUCCUUCAUGAGCAAUGCCUCGUACCCCCUGACUCUACCUGCCCAGCGCCAGCGACGGCUCAACUCCACCAGCAACCUCCGACGCACCCGUUUCAACACCCCAUGCUUUGGCCUGCUCUCUGGCGCAUCCGAGUCCUCCAAACCACAAGCGAAUGGAAUUACAACCUCAGACAUGCUCUCUGACACCAGCGGUGCCCCUUCCAGCCAGCAGCAGGACCAAGGUGACGUAUCAAGUGUGGAGGACGACCACGUCACGGUACCGGUGUUUGCAAUCUCAGAAGAGGAAGACCGACAGCCUCUCGUGUCAGCGGAACCUCCCGAGAAGCCUCUGAGAAUGGACGGACAGAUGUUUGAAGGCACGAAAAUGCCACUGCUAUCGAAAAGCCAAGUCACCAGCAUCCAUCCAACGUCUUUAGCGAGGGGAGGCCGUGGUGGGGCGUUGGAGACGCAGGAUCCUUCAGCUCUCUCUUGUUAACAGUGACUCCAGAAACAGUCUGCCAGUGCCAUGAAGUUUGAGUAUGAUGGUCAUGUGACCGAUUCAGCCAAUAGAUAAUCUCAAUAGGACUGAAAACUCGCAGCUGCUCAUGGUGCCUUCAGAUGGAAUGAAGCACAUAUUUGGUGUGUGACAAUAUACUUUUUUUGUUUUGUUUUGUUUUGUUAUGAAUAUUGGCAUGAAUGAAAAAUGAAAGCACUUAUUGUUCUUUCUGUUAUUGUACCAGCACAGUUAAUUUGCCAAGUAUAAAUCCAUCUAACAGUAUAUUUUAUAACCUGCAAUUGUUUUAAAAAAGUACUCAUGUAUGUAUAAGAUAAACUAACCACGAUCACGCAGUUCCGCUCACUACUGGGAGUUUGAGUUGUAGACUGGCUGCAUUGUUACUUUCAUUAUGAAAUUCCAUAUAUCUGCUCUAUGAACAAUACGGCUUGUUUCUAAUCCCUUUGCAGCACGUAGAAGACCAAUUAGCAGAUCUAGAAGAAAGCUGCUUUGCACCUCUCUUGACUUCCACGGUUUAUUUGUAAUUCACCAUGGGUCCAAUACACAUUUUACUGUUCAAAAAAGUUAGAGUUAGUAAAGCAUUUGAAAUAGCAUAUUUUCUUAAUUCUCAAGGGACAACCACUGCAUAAUUCAUUUUUUAAAUGAAUUUAAACUCUGUUCUAUGAAUAAUUUCAAUUAAGUUACUGUUUUUUUUUCACCUCCUAUUUCACUUACUAUGUGCCUUUUGGCAAUCUAUGCUGCUAAAUAUGCACUGAUGCAAUAACUGAAAUUGUGUGUAUACAAUCAUAUUUUUUAUAACAUUUUCAAUUUCAUAUAUGAUGCAACUGUGUUUUCCUGAAUGCAGUAAUAUUGUCAACUGUACUGACUUUGAUGGAUUAUAAAGGGAACUGAUCACUGUACAGACAUUUAAAAUGCAGUAACUAACAUUUAAUGCAAAUAAACAUUAUAAUAGUGAA